AAUAAGGAGCCACAAAAUCAAAGCUUUGAAAACUGCUGUCCCAUUUUCAACACUUUGCGGAAUCAUCUCUCUUUUAUCUGUGGAACCAGGAGAUUUGAAUUUCUGGGCCAUCAACUUCCAUUCAGACAAACUCUUUAUGGAGUCUGGAGCAGUGGUUGGAAAUGCUGUUAUUGAGAAAACUAAUGUGGAAGACACAUCUAUUGAUGUUAAGAAAGAGGAAGGUUGUGGGCAGAUUUGCAGCGGGGAAGGAGGUUCUGAGAAUGGGAAGAAUUUGGAACAAGUGAUUAGUGUAUCAGGAGGGGAGGUUGAAUCUUCUAAGACCCUCCCGGAAAGUACCAUGUCAAAGGGCAGUAAAGCUCCUGUCAAUAGCAGUUCUAAGACUAAUGCGAAAGGGUCAACUGAAUUGAAUCGUAAAGGUAAACCAAGCUUGAGUCAGAGUCAAUCCUUUCCUGCUAAAGGACUUCGUAAAGGAAUGGGUAAUAGCACUGGCAGCUACUCUGUGAGAUCCAACGCGAAAAUCCCUCAAACAAAGGGGCUGAAAGUUGAAGCUACCUCAUCACACGGAAAAGAUGCAUCAGUUUCACGUAUGAUUCCUGCUAGUAGGCGAGCGUCUACUGGAGUGAAUGCAAAGGAAGCAAACACAAAUGGUGGCGGGGCUUCUUCUAGGCGAAGUACUUUAGCAUCCGUGCCAAAUCAGUCCCGUAAGAUUGUCUCGAAUGGUGCUCCAAGAUGCCCUCCAUCCGAAGGCUUCCUACCAGUUGAUCAACAACCAAAACAAACUAAAACUGGCCUGCUGACGGAUGAUGAUGAUGCUCGUUCGGCUGCUUCAUCGACUCUUACUCCUCGUGGAGCGAGCAGGAGCAGUGCCUCUGGAUUCUCCUUCAGGUUGGAUGAACGUGCUGAAAAGCGUAGAGAGUUUUAUUCAAAGAUUGAGGAAAAGAUACAUGCAAAGGAAGUAGAAAAGAGCAGCUUGCAAGAAAAAUCCAAGGAAAGCCAAGAGGAAGAAAUUAAAAGAUUGAGAAAGAGCUUGACCUUUAAAGCCACUCCUAUGCCAAGUUUCUAUAAAGAACCACCUCAGAAAGUUGAACUGAAGAAGAUGCCAACAACCCGUGCUAAAUCUCCAAAGCUUGGGAGAAACAAAAGCAUCACUGCUGGAUUAACCAACAGCAUAGGAGAUGGUUCAGGUCCUAGCCCACGUGUUAGCCGAGAACACAACAGGUCACCCAAGAUUGCAAAUAAUGACAGUGUUGUUUCUGCAUCAAAGAAGCCACUUAGGAAAUCCCUGUCUAGUCUUCACCGAAGGGAUUCAGCAGUUUCUAUAACUGAGAGGAUGCCUAUCAAGUUGAGACAGAAGCCUACAGAAGCAGAAGGUCGAGAUGAGAAAAAUCAAGCAGAAGAUCUCAAGGAAGGUGAGCCACAACCCUCCAACCCACCAGGAAAUGCAGAUUCGUCAAAUGCUGGAUCUGAUCAUUAUCCUAUCCAGGACGACAACUCAUUUGUAAAUGCACCCAAUCCAGAGAUACCAGUUCAGGCUGAAUUGAUAGUUGGUGGUUAAAAUGCAUGCAGGCACAGGGUAAAUGAAACUUAUACUUGUUAGGCUUUUUGAGUUCAUGUUCUGUUUCUUUGUGCAUAUUAAUGGUUGCAAGUUUUGUGUGAACGCAAUAUACUGUAUUGUUUACUUGUA